GCAAAUAAAAAGAUAAGAGGCAAAAGAGAGAGAGAGAUGGCGGACGCAGCUAUGGAGUUCGUGGUGAACAACCUGAAGGAGCUCGUGCUGCACGAAACCCAUCUAAUGAAUGAGACGGAGGGAAACGUGGACAAGUUGGUGAGCGAUCUCCUCCACCUCCAAGCCUUCCUCAAGGACACAGUGAAGAUGCGGGAAUGGAAUGCGCGGAUAAAGCUGAUGCGGAAGGAGAUUCACGAUGUCAUUUACGAUGUCGAAGAUAUCAUUGGGCAUACAUGGCAAAGAACAAAGUGUCAGGGCGGAAUAGUCGUUUCUACACAAAAUUGCUGAGUAAGCACCAAAGCGAGCUCAAUCUCCACAGCAUUAGGCAGAAGGUGGAGGCUAUCAGCGGCCGAGUCCAACACUUGAGGAAUGAAAUCAACAUCACCACCAAUGAGGAAAAUGAAAAGGAAAUACUCAUCAGCAGCCGAGUCCAACAGUUGAUGAAAGAAAUCAACCUCACCACCAAUGAGGAACACGAAAAGGAAACACUCCUUCCUAAGCCUCGACCACCAAGAAAGGACAAGAAUGUGGUGGGCUUUGCAGAUGUGACCGAACGCCUCAUAAGCCGUCUGACUCGAGAAGCCGACGGUCUUGAUGUCAUUUCUCUAACUGGUAUGUUUGGGCUAGGCAAGACGACACUGGCAUGGAAGAUUUAUAAUGAUCCUGAAAUCAUGUUAAAGUUCCCGACCCGCAUAUGGCUUACUGUUUCUGCAAAGUUCAUUGAGAAAGAUAUCUUUUUACGCAUCCUCGGCCAUUUAACUACUCUAGACACCGACAUGCGCGCCAAAGAUGGAGAGGAACUAGCUGAAAUUGUAUCCAAAAAUCUCCAGAUGGGCACUUUCCUACUAGUGAUGGAUGAUGUAUGGAGCGUACAUGCUUGGGAACAACUUAAAAAGGCUCUCCCGUUACAAGAAAACAAAAGUAAAGUCUUGAUCACCAGUCGUGAAGAGACUGUGGGAAGGACUGCUAGUAAGCCAAGACCUUUCGUGCCAUUGCGUCCCUUUGAGCCAGAAGAAAGCUGGGAGCUGUUUCGGUUGGAGGCUCUGGGCAAGCUCGAAUGCCCUCCUCAACUGGUAAGAGUCGGGCAAAAAAUUGCAUACGAUUGUGAUGGACUGCCACUUGCAAUAGUCGUCAUAGGAGGCAUCCUUUACGAGUUAUCAAAAUCAAAUAGUAAUUUGAUUAUGACUAAAAGGAUCUGGAUUAAAGUGUCGGAAGAUGUGAAUUCAUAUCUCAGUGAGAAGGACCCGCAAAAACGCAUUACAAAAUUCAUAUCUUUGAGUUAUGAGAGUCUACCUCACUAUCUGCGACCUUGCUUUCUCUAUCUGGGGUUGUUCCCAGAAGACUAUGAGAUUUCAGCUUCAAAAUUGAUCCGCCUGUGGAUUGGAGAAGGGUUCAUACAACAGAAGGAUGCACGUAUUCCGUUGGAGGAGGUUGGACAAAAUUAUUUGGAGGAUCUCAUUAGUAAGAACUUAGUCAAAACUAUCAAGUUUAGAGCUGAUGGUAAUGUUAAAACAUUCCAGAUUCAUGAUACCUUGCGUGAUUUCUGCCGCACAGAAGCUGCAAUUGAAAACUUUCUCCAAGAGAUCAGACUCAACGAAAAAGGAGAGUGUGAGCCUCAAAUCUCUGAGAGGUGCCGCCGUCUUUCUAUUCAUUCCGAUUGCAAGCUAUAUUUCUCAUCAAAAUCUCUAACUCCUCGUGCCCGCUCAUUUGUUUGUUUCUCCAAGGAGCCCGAUGAUGACCUGUCUGCGAAAGACAUCACAAACUUCAUUAAAGCCUUUAAGUUUCUCAGAGUUUUUGAGGUUCAAGCCUUGACAUUGAAGGAUAUUGAUUCUGACAUCUACAAUUUGAUCCAUAUGAGGUACAUUGCCUUGUCCAUCACCUUGGAUAUGCUUUCUCCACAUUUCGACAAGAUGUGCAACAUGCAAACUCUUAUCAUCAACACCACUUCUCCUACCCUUAAUGUUAAAGCCAACAUAUGGAAUAUGAAGCACUUGAGGUAUUUCAAGACAAAUGCCUCUGCAACAUUUGAUAGUGUGAGGAAGAUGAGAUAUCUGCGAAAGCUGAAGCUAGUAAACGACAAUGCACAAGAAACGGAGCGACUGAAUUGCCUACCAAAAGUUGAUCAAUUCCCAUCUGGACUUACACGCCUCACACUGUGCUCGACUUCCCUCAAAUGGGAAGAAAUCUCUAUUCUCACAUCGCUCCAGAAGCUUGAGGUGCUCAAGCUAAAAAAUCAAGCAUUUACCGGGAUCGCCUGGGAGUUAGAAGAUGAGGUUGAAGGUUUUCCAUCGCUUCAAUUCCUGUUCAUUGAAGAGACAGAUUUAGCUUUCUGGGAGGCUAAAUCUCAUCACUUCCCCAAGCUUAGAAGCCUUGUGCUCAAGCACUGUUACAAACUUCGUGUAAUUCCAGUUGAUCUGGCUAAAUUACAGAGCUUCAAGAUGUUGGAUUUGACUGUAUGCGUAGAUGCAAUUGACGCUGCCAGGAAUAUUGCUGCUGAAAAGGAAAUGAUAUUUGGCAUAGGCUCUGAAUUCAUGCUCUCCAUCUUUCCUCCUCCUCUUCCUCCUCCUCGUAUAUGAUCAAGAUUUAUUUAUCAUUGCCAGGGACUGAUGCAGGCUGGCUGGCUUGAAAAACUGUUGCACAUCAAUUUGUUGUUGGCAUUGUUAUCUUGAACUGUUUUUCCCUUCUUCAAAUAAUCGAGCAUGUUCGCUCGGAUUGUAAUAAAUGCUGCACUUGAUUCGGUUUAUAUGUUGAACUGCAAAACAUCGCUUUGUUGUGUUAUUUGAUUGUUCAGUAUGGGAUCUCAGUUCGUUCAUUGUGACA